AUGCAAAACAUUCUUCCUCAUGAUUUGGUAUCAGGAAUCAGCCUUUCUCUCUCUUGUGAUGAGCUUCAGCGGAAAACAUGGCAAAAUGAGACUGAUUCCACAAUAUCAUGGUACUUGAACGGCGAGGAGAUAAAAAAUCAAAGGUUUGAUUGGAGAGUUACCAUCUCACCGGAGGGAGUAUUAAACAUUUGGCCUCUGAAUGAGGAAGAUGCUGGGCAUUACGAGUGUUCAGUGGAUGGUGGUAUAAUGGGAUCAGCGCUUAUAAAUGUUAUAUUAAAAUCGGAUGCUGUAAUGAAUGGCCUUUAUAACUACUUUUAUGUUGCACUCUUUUACAUACCAGUUGGUGUAUACGCGAUAAUACUCAUCAGUAGAGAUCUUACAAAACCACCAAGGAAGUCAAAACGAGAGGAUAAGAUGACAGCAUUCCUUGAAGAGCACGUGCUUAAAAACGGACAAGAUGUGAAGGAGAACAUUGCAAAAAUAAUAUAUGGGGACCAAUUCGAAGAGAGAAAAGACGAAAUCACGAAAACGAUGGCUGCUGGCGUAGCUCCAAAUGGUGAAAAGCUACGUGGAAAUCAUGAGACAAUUAUGACUGUUCUCUGUGGUCCCAAAUCCAGAUCAUCAGUAGUAGUCAAGAAAAAACCAAAGCGGGUUCAAAAAGGAGUUGGGAAGAACCAGGAAUUAACAUAUCGAUCUGUGAUGCCCAAAGUGGAUCCGAGUCGAUUGGACAACACCUUCCAGCAAGAAUUCCGUCAUUUUGUGCGAUAG